AUUUGUAGUGUGAACAAGCAGACAAAAAAAUCGGAUUUGAUCAAAAAAUCGGAAUUGAGCAUUAAGACCUGCAGUGUGAACGUAGCCAAAGUGCUCCAGGACUCACGGGGGAUUGGCUGGCCCGGACCUAUACCCGCCCCAACUUCAUGCAGAUCAGAGCGUGUCAGACCACUCACACCAUUGGCUGCUGCAGGAGCCUUGAGUACGACAGACCAAUGACACAGCUGCCUGCAAUUACCUGAGAAUAUAAAAGGCUGUGGAUUCUUCAUUCGUGGAGGGACUUGUUGAUUCGAACAGACUGUGUAGACUGUCCCUCUUGCCUUUGCCUCCGCCUCCGCCUCCCGUGAGAUGUUUAGAUGAAUAGUGUUCUACUGGUGUUAGUAGUGUUACUUGAGUUGUUUGUUAUGUUUGUCUAAAAUCCCUCUAUUGCCUAGUGAGCUGUUUCACUAACAGUUUUCAGUUGUGUUAAUAAACCUCAUGUUUUUCUUUUUAUCUAACCUCCUGGUCUCUGGGCUCAUUUAUGUUACAUCCGCUGUCGCCUAGCAGAGCCGGGUCGUAACAAUACCUGUUGCUUAACAUAACCCGUGUGCGUGUUUGUGUGUUUGUGUACGUGUGUGCGUGCGUUAAAAAUAUCUGUUUGUGCUGAAAAAUUCACCAGAUAUUAUUUGAGUGACACUUCUUGCCAGAUGACUGACCUCUUGCCAGUGGUGGUGGUGCAUGGAGGGGCAGGGUUUGUCCCAAAGGAGCGGAUGGAACUGUCCAUUUCAGGGGUUUGUGCAGCAGUGCGGACAGGGUACGCUAUCCUCAAGGGAGGGGGCAGCAGCAUGGAUGCUGUGGUGGAGGCUGUGAGCCAGAUGGAGAAUAACCCUGCCUUCAAUGCAGGCUGUGGGUCAGUGCUGAACAUCAAAGGAGAGGUGGAGAUGGAUGCUAUCGUGAUGGAUGGCAAAACACUGGCAAGCGGAGCAGUGUCCGCAGUACGCAACAUAGCUAACCCCAUCCAGCUAGCAAGACUUGUUAUGGACAAGACCAGUCACGCGUAUCUGACAGCCGAAGGUGCUAAUCAGUUUGCUCGAUCCAUGGGGAUCGAGGAGGUCCCCCAGGAGUCCCUCAUCACUGAGUAUUCCCGCAUGCGCUGGAGGAAGAACCUUGCACCUGAUGCCAACCCUGUGGAGUGCCAAAUGGGGAAGGCAGGCACGGUUGGUGCAGUAGCAGUUGACUUAGAGGGCAACUUAGCCUGUGCAACUUCCACUGGUGGGAUGCUGAACAAGAUGGAAGGUCGGGUGGGUGACACCCCCAUCAUAGGGUCUGGAGGGUAUGCUGACAACCAGUCAGGAGCAGUGUCCACCACAGGCCACGGUGAGACCAUCAUGAAGAUUACACUGGCCAGACUCAUCCUGUUCCACAUGGAGCAAGGUCGGUCGGUAGAAGAUGCCAGUGACUUGGGCCUGGCCUGCAUGCAGUCCAGACUUGGGGGGCUAGGCGGGGUAGUGACAGUGGAUCCUCAGGGCCACUGGGCUGCCCGCUUCAGCAGCAACUACAUGUCGUGGGCUGCAGCCCAGAGGGAUAUUGUGCACUAUGGCCAGUACUCUGGAGAACACUUCACCCAAAGCAUCAACUGAUGGAUGUUGUUGUUCUUUUUUUUAACUAUCAUUUUUAAGAGAGAAUUUGAUACUACUUGGACAACAAAAGAAAUUCAGUACAAGUUUAUCCGGGUGCUAAGAUAGAUGGUCAUUGUGCAUUUGAUUAAAACACAAAGUUAUAACACAAAAUGUUUUUAUCCGCAAAGGCUUACAGAGCCUAUGAAUUCUAGGCUGGAACUAAUUUCAGAUUACACUCUUAAAACUGAUCUUUAAUGCAGUCUUAACAUUGCCUUAGUGCUUGUGAUUGGUGAUUGCUAACAUACAUCAGGCCUAGCAAGGGCUUUAUUUAGGAUAAAUGGUAUUAAGCAAUAAGUUCAAAAUCACCAGUAAAUCAUGUGUAAAUGAUUGUUUUUGGCAGCAUUGUACCAGGGACCAAGUCCAGACCGUAACCGUGAAUACCCAUGAACGUUUUUUUAUUGUAUGUUCAUUAAGUUCAGGUUUCGAGUGAGUCUGUGCAGGAAGCAAAGUGGACACGAGUCCUGUAGGUCCUGUACAGGACUUAAGAACUCCAAGCCAUUCAUUUGAUCUCAUUUCUUAAGAAUAAAAUUACAGAGUUGUUUAAAUUUCUUGAUUGAAAAAAAGAGUUUUCGUGAGAUUUCUUUAAAUGAAUGUCAUUUUGAAUGUUUGAAUGGCAAUCACUGCAAAAUAAAUCGGAAACUGAAAAUGUGGUGUGGGGACUUUAAAUAAACUGAAUCGAAAUAUUUGUGAAUGUGA